CUGCCAUUGCCCACCAAGUACAGGGUACAAAAGCGAGUGCCAAGUAUAUUGCACAGAAGAGCCAAGAGCGCCCCAGUGACACACAAGUCAUUCUUGGAGUCUCUCGAGGCUCUUUGCGAACCCCCGAUGGCCCAGCACGACGUCCACGUUGCGGCUCCCCCCAGCUUCGAAGAACAGGUGUCGUACUAUUACGGCUUGCCCAGCAGACCGAAGCUUGUGGCUCGAUCGAGCACAGAUCCUUGGGUCGAUAAAUUCGACUUUGCGACCCAAUUUCCCGUCGGCAAGCUACUCAACCCCGUUGGGCGGCACCCUAUUGUCGGGUUAUGGAACACAGACGGGCCGCUCCGACGCGACAUUGUUCUGGCGCUCGAUGGAGUCGAAUGGACCGUCAUUGAUGUCCUGCGCCUGGGAUAUACGCGCAAAAUGAGCACUGAGACCGAGGAGCCAGAGCACCCCGUCACACUGCUCAUUUCAGUCAAGACAGAUUCCACACCAUGGGAACAAGGCCAUGCAGUCGUGAUGCAAUGUCGCGAGAUCCUUCAGCAGCAUGGUAUCUCCGAUGUCCACUGCGAGAUGAAGGAAGCACAAGUAUUCCCCCACGCCUCGCCGCCUACUGCCCCCCUGUCCGCCCCGAAACUGCACUCGGGUGGGGUUGAAAUGCCCGUCGAAAUCAACGGACUCUUUUCGACCUACCUUGGGCAUUCCAUUGCUACAUUUGACCGCCCAACUCGCGAGGGCACAAAGUGCCUCUACCUACGUCGAAAAGAUACUGGACAGGUGCUAGCGUUGACCUGCAGACACGUUGUCAUCCCUGACGAAGCCCCCAACGAGGACUAUACUUAUGACGAGUCAAAUGUCGAGUCCAGGAUCACAGUUAUACAGCCUGGCAACAGCACUCUUGAAAUUGCGAAGAGGGAUAUUUCCAGUAAUUUCGAGGAUAUCGAAGCGGCUAUUAAGUUCUUGGAAGAUCAUCCGCGCAUGAACCCGGAUGAGAAAGCUCCCCAAGUGGCAUUACACUUGGCCACUCUGUCUAGUGGUAAGGAGACAAUGAGGAGGCUCAAUGAGCUCGACGAGCCAAGCACUCGCAUCAUCGGGCAUGUGUUAUUCUCGCCCAAGUACAGCACUGGGACCCUUGGCACGGAUGAAUGGACCGCCCACCGACUAAGAGACUGGGCGCUAAUCGAAUUGCACCCAGACAAGCAUGCCUCUCCCCUGGAAAAGCUCAGGAAUGAAGUAACCGUUCCGGCAAUGGCGAUGAAUGAGUUCUCCACAGCACUGGGGGCAGAAAAUCUACAGGUCACUCACCGGGCGUUUAUCAACCUCUUCAAACACGCCGUGGAGCUGCAGGGCACCAUCCCAGAGGGGGAGCUAAAGCGACCUCGCCAAGAGUCUCGGUCCCUGGAUGAGCCAGCCAUCUUGGUGGCCAAACACGGAAGGUCAACCCAGUUCACGAUUGGCCUUGCGAAUAAUGUUACAUCAGUCAAGCGACAGCCUAUUGAUAAGAUCCAGGUGUUGUCCGAGGAGUGGUGUAUCUUGGGUCAGAAGAGAGAUCGAGAGGGCAAGAGGAUUCCAUUUUCCGAUUAUGGCGACUCUGGCUCUUGCAUUUGGGAUCGCCAAGGACGCAUUGGUGGUAUGUUGACAUCCGGCAGUAAAUUCUUCAAUCUAGCCUGCGAUACAACAUUUGCCACUCCGAUAGAGUGGCUUCUGGAGGACAUACGGGCACACGGGUAUGAUGUCGAACUAGUCAGUGAGAGGGAAGAUGAGUAGGAGAUUUCGCGUAGGGGGGCGCUCAAGAAUGCAUACUUUGUUAAUACACUCAAUUGUCUCUUCUUUGUCGAUGCUAUUGAGGGUCCGAUCGGCAAGAAGAUUAUCGUAAUCCGGAUUUUUGGAAAAAGAUACAUCGGCUGGCAUAACUCGCCCGAAGUACCGCUAAAGAUGCCAGUCAGCC